UUUAGCGUGGCGGUUUCUAGGACUGUUCCACAGUGGGCCAGCCGAGAAGUUGGAGACGUAACUCUGCUAAGAGUCUGCAACCUGCUGCUGGUGACAGUGCAUUGGGUUACGCUGCGGAGGAGCGCUUACCGGACACUUCUGCACUCUUGCAUGGAUACAUCAUGGCUACGUUCGUCUGCAGGGUCCAGUUCCUAGAUGACACCGAUCCUUUCAACAGUACCAAUUUCCCCGAGCCGACCAGACCGCCGGUGUACACCUUUAGGGAGGAUAUCCCUCUCAUCAACCAGAUUGCAGGAGUUCACAGGCUUCUCAAAGCCCCCCAAAAGCUUGAUGACUGCACCCUGCAGCUUUCUCACAAUGGAACCUAUUUGGAUUUGGAGUCAACACUGGCUGAGCAGAAGGAUGAACUGGAAGGAUUUCAGGAAGACGCAGGGAGGGGAAAGAAGCACAGCAUGGUGCUCAGAACGCAGCUCUCGGUGAGAGUUCACGCCUGCAUCGAGAAACUCUACAACUCGAAUGGCCGUGAGCUGAGGAGGGCCCUGUUCUCACUGAAGCAGAUUUUCCAGGACGAUAAGGAUUUGGUACACGAGUUUGUCAUUGCUGAGGGCUUGACAUGUCUGAUAAAGGUGGGAGCCGAAGCAGACCAGAACUACCAGAAUUACAUCUUGAGAGCACUUGGGCAAAUCAUGCUGUACGUCGAUGGGAUGAAUGGAGUUAUAAGUCACAACGAAACCAUUCAGUGGCUCUACACACUUAUAGGCUCAAAGUUCCGGCUCGUGGUGAAGACGGCCCUGAAGCUGCUGCUGGUGUUUGUGGAGUACACGGAGUCCAAUGCACCACUGCUCAUCGAAGCCGUCAGUAAGGUGGACAGCAAGAGAGGAACCAAACUAUGGUCAAAUGCCAUGGAAAUUUUGGACGAAAAGGACGGGGUCGAUACAGAGCUGCUUGUGUAUGCCAUGACCCUCAUAAAUAAGACACUCGCCGGCCUGCCAGAUCAGGAUUCCUUCUAUGACGUGGUGGACUGUCUGGAAGAGCAGGGGAUUGAAGCAAUCGCUCAGAGGCACUUGAAUAAGAAGGGAACUGACCUGGACCUGGUGGAGCAGUUUAAUAUUUAUGAGAUGACAUUAAGGCAUGAAGAUGGUGACGACGAUAGCCAGCCACCGCCAAUGGGUCGGAAGGAUCGAAGGAGGUCAAGUGUUGGGGGCACAAGUGAGCGGCGGGGCCUGGAGCGCAGAAGGAGCCGGAGGCAUUCCAUCCAAAACAGCAAGGGGCCCACAUCUGCUCCCGCCAGUCCCAGCAGUCCCUAUGGUCAAUCGGCCAACGGGUUUAUGCCAUACUGCAGUCCGAGAAUUGAAGAUCUCAGCGAAAACAAUACGAGCAGGCUUGAGAGCCACAUGGCCGCCUACAGGGCUGAUGACCACUCAGAGGGCGAGAGCAUGUUUGAGGCAGAGUUUGCGCCAUGGCCACUAGAGGAAUAUGAGGAAGAGGAUGACCAGCCACAAGCAGUCACAGAGCCUAAUACUGAGGAUGAGGGAGAGGAAGGACCUCGUAGGCAGGUCCAACACAGCGAGGGCUCGCCACCUCAAGUAAUAGACAACAUAAAGCAAGAGGAGAGCUCGGUCUCUGCUCCAAAGUACGUAGCUUGCUUCAUCCCAACUGCGCUGGAACUUCCACUCAAGAGCCCACCCGCUGCCUCCCCGCUGACGACGAUGGGCUCCUUCAACCCUCCUGAUUCCAGCCAUUUGUCGCCUCCGCCAUCUGUCCUUUCCUCAUUGUUAGCCAACAGAAAGUCUCCCUCCAGUACCGGCAGUGCUUCCAAAAGUGGAUCUCAAGUUUCAUCCACCAACAUCACCCCAGCGGUGUCACCAACAAUCGAAAAGUUGCCCUACCUCACACAUUCGCCUUUUCAUCUCUUUUCAUAUGACCUUGACGAACCUCCAGUAUCUGCCGCUAAAGUAACGGAGGCUGAAACCAGACAGCCAAACAGAUUCAACGGCUAUAAUUCCAGCACCUUCCCGAGGCCUUACUCUGCCCUGAGUGCCCCCGCUACGCCCUGCUCUCGCUAUGGAGUAACCGGCUCGCCCUCCCAGGACCCUAAAGCGGACAGACCAGCGCUUGGUGGGCUCCUGACCUCCUCAUACAGACAACACCAAGAAUCUCUGGCGGCUGAACGAGAACGACGGAGGCAAGAGAGAGAAGAGCGAUUGCAGAGAAUAGAGAGAGAAGAGAGGAACAGAUUCAAUCGUGAUUACGUGGACAAGAGGGAAGAGCACAGGCAUGCCAGAGAAGAGAGGUACAAGAAUGUGGAGAGGCUAGCAGCGGAGGAGUACGAGAAGGAGAAGAGCCGUGCAGCCCCCAGGGGGCGCAGUGAACUCACCCUCAGCCUGAGCCCCCGCCCACCAACAUCAUCCUCCUCGUCGCCAGUGCCCAGGUGUGCCACACCAUCUUCAGAAGAGUCCGAAACCCAGUCUGUGACCUGUCCUUCUCCCAAGCUGGCAGAUGUAACUGCCAGUGAAUCUGAGCCAGAAGUAAACUCUGAGAGCAUACCAAACCUACAAAGUCAAGAAACGCAAGUUCAGACUCCUAUUGAGUCCUCGGAAACUGAGCAGGAAUCCAUAGUUCAACCUGAAGAGGAGGUGGAGGAGGAGGAGGAGAUAGAGGAAGAAUCUCAAGAGGUUGUUGAGCCAGAGGCAGAACCAGAGCAGGGUCCGGAGCGUGAGCCAGAAGAAAGCACCGUGUUGAGUGAGAAGGAGAGACAGAAUGAAGAAGUAAACGAGAAGGACAACUGUUCUGCAUCCAGCAUCUCCUCCGCCAGCAGCACUUUAGAGCGAGAGGAGAGGGAGGACAAGCUAGCAAAUGACAGCGAGCCUGGUCAGUGGGCACAAAGUAUUAAGGAUGUGGAUGUAAACGAGCAGUGCAGUAAAAUCCUCAACAACAAACUCUUCAUGCUGGAUAUGUUGUAUUCUCAUAACAAGAAACCGCAGGAUGAGAAAGAGGAAGAAGAAAAAGACCAGGAGGAAGAGAAGGAGAAAGAGUCCGAAGAGUCGGUGGCCAGUCUAGCCAGUCGAAUUUCCAUUCUGCAAGCCAACAAGCAGGCCAGUGAAGAGAUCUUGAGGAAAAAAGACAUUGAGAACUUGGACAACCAAGGCAGCGUCAAGGCCUUUGCGGAAAAAUUCAACAGCGGCGAGAUGGUUAAGGGUUUACUCCCAUCGGAGAGCGAGGUUGGUGACAAGCAGCCCGAGAAAGCACCUGUCCAGCCCAAGAAAGAAUCGGACUAUAUCUGGGAUCAGCUGAUGGCCAGUCCUCGAGAGCUGAAGAUCAAGGAUAUGGACUUUACAGACUUGGGGGAGGAGGAUGAUGUCAAUGUCUUGGACACAGACAGCCUGAUGGGCUCAGGGGAGCAGAUCCUUCCACCCCCACCUCCUCCACUGUUGUUCAUGGCCCUGCCACCGCCACCCCCCCUUUUCGGCUGCCCACCGCCCCCUCCAAUUCCAAGCACAAUGCUUCCUCCCCCUCCACCCGUGACCAUCCCCCAGCACGUCGGCUCUCCACAGCUGCAACGAGGGGAGCCGUUAUUUCAGAAAAAGAAAAAGACCAUCAGGCUGUUUUGGAACGAGCUGCGAAUCAUAGACUGGCAGUACAAGAACCACAAACGGUUUAAAGACUCUCUGUGGAGUAAACUUGAGCCCAUAACAGUGGACACGUCCAAACUCGAGCACCUCUUUGAAACCAAAUCGAAGGAGCUGCCCGUCACUAAGAAAACUGCUGCUGAUGGUAAAAGACAGGAAAUCAUCGUUCUGGACUCCAAGCGAAGCAACGCCAUUAACAUCGGAUUGACGGUGUUACCUCCGCCGAGAACGAUCAAGACUGCCAUUCUCAACUUUGACGAAUAUGCCUUAAACAAAGAAGGGAUAGAGAAAAUUUUGACAAUGAUCCCAACAGAGGAAGAAAAGCAAAAGAUCCAGGAAGCUCAGCUGGCCAACCCUGACAUUCCUCUCGGCAGCGCCGAACAAUUUUUGCUCACCCUUUCUUCUAUCAGUGAACUGUCUGCCAGGCUCCAGCUCUGGGCCUUUAAAAUGGACUAUGAAUUAAUGGAGAAGGAGGUAGCAGAGCCCCUCCAAGACUUGAAAGAAGGGAUGGACCAGCUAGAAAAAAACAAGACGCUGAGACAUAUCCUAUCGACCUUGUUAACAAUUGGAAAUUUUCUGAAUGGAACAAAUGCUAAAGGUUUCGAGCUGAGUUACCUGGAGAAGGUCCCAGAGGUGAAGGACACCGUGCACAAGCAGUCACUCAUACACCACGCCUGCACAAUUGUGGUGGAGAAAUUUCCAGAUAGCUCUGACCUCUACUCGGAGAUUGGGGCCAUUACUAGAUCAGCUAAGGUGGAUUUUGAGCAACUUCAGGAUAACUUGUGUCAAAUGGAGCGGAGGUGCAAGGCAUCGUGGGAUCAUCUUAAGGUCAUUGCAAAACACGAAAUGAAGCCUGUGCUGAAACAAAAGAUGUCGGAGUUCUUGAAAGACUGCGCUGAGAGGAUUAUCAUUUUAAAAAUUGUGCACAAAAGAAUAAUUAACAGGUUCCAUGCCUUUCUUCUAUUUAUGGGCCACCCGCCUUACGCUGUCCGGGAAGUAAACAUCAACAAGUUCUGCAAAACCAUCAGUGAGUUUGCCUUGGAGUAUCGCACGACGAGGGAGAGAGUGUUACAGCAGAAGCAGAAGCGAGCGAACCACAGAGAGAGGAACAAGACCCGAGGCAAAAUGAUUACAGAUACUGACGACGAAGAUGACAGCGAGAGUGGAAAGUUUUCUAGUAACACAGCCGCCCCUCAGCCACAAGGCCUCGAGUACGCAGAAGAUGCUGCAGAACACGAAAACAUGAAAGCCGUGCUGAAGACCAGCCUGCAGAGCGGCGAGAGCAGCACUUCUGUGGUGCCAGGUGUCCGCGUUCGUACCCGAGCCAGCCGAGGUCGUGUUGGAUCAUGGAACCCAACUAAUGAUGACUCGCCUAACGCGACAGAUGACGCAGCUGAUGAGAUCAUGGAUCGCAUCGUGAAGUCGGCAACACAAGUGCCAAGUCAGAGAGCUGUGCCUAGAGAAAGAAAAAGGUCACGAGCAAAUCGGAAAUCAUUGAGAAGAACCCUGAAGACUGGCCUGACACCAGAAGAGGCCAAGGCCCUGGGUCUCGUUAGCACCUCUGAAAUGCAGGUGUGAAGAAACGUCCAGAAGAGAUCGGCCGACUCGGGUCAAACAUGUGGCAACUACAUCCGGCUGCCUGCCAUCAGCUGCUCCUGGCGUCCAGUUACCUUAGAGCUCUCUUUUUUUUUUUAUUUGGUUCAGACCGAAUUAUUAAGGAAUUCGUGAAAAACACAGCGCUUUAGUCUUUUGACUGUUACUGACAUCAGGAUUGUUGUAAUUUAUAGAUUAAAUCCUAUCCCUUCUGUUAUUA